CGGCGACUGACCACGACGACGACACAAAAACCUGUUCUUGACGUCGCCAACCCCUCCAUACUCAUUAGGAACAUCCAAGUCAGUCAAAAUGUCAGCGCAGUUACUUAACCCAAAGGCGGAGAGUCGGAGAAGAGGGGAAGCCCUCAAGAUCAAUGUCAACGCAGGUGAAGGCUUGGCCCAAGUGCUGCGGUCGAACCUGGGACCUGCUGGAACAAUCAAGAUGCUUGUGGAUGGAAGUGGACAGAUCAAGCUCACAAAGGAUGGCGCCGUUCUCCUUAAAGAGAUGUCAAUUCAGAAUCCCACGGCGACUUUGAUCGCCAGAGCAGCAACAGCCCAGGACGAAAUUACUGGCGAUGGGACCACUAGUAUCAUUCUGCUGAUCGGCGAGCUUCUCAAGCAGGCCGACCGCUAUAUUCAAGAAGGCCUACAUCCCAGAGUGAUUGUCGAUGGAUUUGAAAUCGCCAAAGCCCGAACCCUCGAAUACCUCGACUUCUUCAAGAUCGCAAAACCAAUUGACCGAGAUCUGCUUCUUUCUGUCGCUCGAACGUCCCUCUCCACCAAGAUCAAUCGCGCUCUCGCUGAGCAACUUACCCCCUCCAUCGUCGAUGCAGUGCUUGCCAUCUCCCGACCGGAACAAAAGAGACCUGACCUACACAUGAUCGAAAUCAUGAAAUUACAACACAAAUUGGGAAGCGACACAACUCUCAUCAAGGGUCUUGUGUUAGAUCAUGGAACUCGCCACCCUGACAUGGCCAAGAGAGUGGAAAACGCACACAUUUUGACGCUGAAUGUGUCUCUGGAGUAUGAGAAGUCAGAAAUCAACUCGGGAUUUUAUUACAAUUCAGCAGAACAACGCGACAAAUUGGUCGCUUCAGAACGCCGCUUUGUGGACGACAAGCUCAAGAAGAUUGUGGCAUUGAAGAAUGAAGUUUGCGGAACCGAUCCCAAAAAGGGAUUUGUCCUCAUCAACCAGAAAGGCAUCGACCCGCUGUCUCUGGACGUGCUGGUUAAACACGGGAUUUUCGCUCUGCGACGGGCUAAACGUCGGAACAUGGAACGACUACAACUUGUGUGCGGAGGACAAGCGCAAAACAGCGUGGACGACCUUGACCCCAGUGUUCUGGGAUGGGCCGGGCUGGUGUACGAGCAGACGCUGGGCGAAGAAAAGUAUACGUUCGUGGAAGAAGUCAAGGACCCGAAAUCCGUGACAUUACUCAUCAAGGGACCGAAUCAACACACCAUCACACAGAUUACUGACGCCGUGCGAGACGGGCUGCGGUCAGUGUACAACACGGUUGUGGACGAGUGCGUGGUUCCUGGAGCAGGCUCAUUCCAGAUUGGAGCUGCUCUCGACCUGUCGUCAGAAUCCGUACGGAAAUCGGUCAAGGGCAAGGCCAAGUGGGGAGUGGCGGCGUUUGCUGAUGCUCUGCUCAUCAUCCCCAAGACACUAGCGGCCAAUUCAGGCCAUGAUAUCCAAGACGCUCUCGCGGCGCUACAGGACGAGCACGCCGAAGGAAACAUCGUGGGUCUGGAUCUCGUCACUGGCGAGCCCAUGGAUCCCGUUCAGGAAGGCGUUUAUGACAGCUUCCGCGUUUUGAGAAACAGCAUCGCCAGCGCCACUGGCAUUGCCAGCAACCUUCUCCUGUGCGACGAGCUGCUGAAAGCCAGGCAGAUGGGUCGACAGUCAGGCCCAGGAGGUAUGGAGGAAUGAGGUGGUGUGAGGAGGCAAUAUCCAACAGCCUCGGAGACCAGAUGGUGGAGACGUUCGAGUAAUGAUCCUCAUUCGUCUUUUGAGAGAAGCAUCAGCUGUGGCGUUGAGAGAAUGAGCAUGAGACAUGACUUAUCCAAACAAACACCAUUCCCCUCGGUCCGAGGAGGUGGCAAGGGCUUGUAAUGAGCAUUGUAUGAUAUAGAGACGGUAUGCGAACGAGGUGCAUAGAAGAUCACCUUCAGCUGCCUGCUUAGAAUCUAUGCCUUGACAUCAGGUCAUCCGGGCAUCUUGAAUCCGAU